AUGUGUUGUCCUGCUACCCACGCUGCUUCUGCCGUUGAGGAGGAGGAAGAGGUUUCUGCUGCCGGUGGUGCUCCCCCAGCAGCAGCUGGUCGCAGUGCCGAUCCCGUAGGACGUACAGGUGUCCUCUCCGACUCACACAGGGAGGGCGGCAGCGGGAGCAGCAGAGCUUCUGCCAUGGAAGCCAUGGAAGCAGAAGAGGCGUCUGCUGCGGCUGCAGUGCCGCAGCCGCCACAUCAACACAUACCGCAGCAGCAGGGACAAGCGAAACGGGAGCAGCUGCAGGAGCAACACCAGCACGAGCAGCAGCAGCAGGAACAUGUUGCCCUGCUCAGGCAGCGUGCAGCAGCAAGGCAGGAGAGGCUUCUGGCGCGGCAGGCGCAGCGCAUGCGUAUUGUGCAUGGGGUAGAGACAGCAGCAGCUACCUCUAGCAGCAGCAACAGCACCAACCCCAGCAGAAGCAAAGAGGGCCCUCAGGAGGUCAGUCCAGGGGCUCCUUCUCUUAUCCCCGAGCCUGCAGAUGGCUUGCAUGCAGCAGCCACCAGCAGUAGCAGCAGCAGCAGCAGCACCGGCAUCAGCACCAGCAAGUUGAAGCAGCGUGUGGAUUUGUCUGCAGUCUGUCUUGGUAUCGGCGCAGCAGUGAACACGAUGCUGCGCGAGGAGGCUUCCCCGCGACGUUUAUUUGAGGCCCUCGGUUUCCCUUACGGCCCAGCGAGUUGGACAGUGUUGUGUUGGACAGCCACAGCAGAAGCAGCGCGAGGUCCAGCAGCAGGGGACGGAAAAGCAGCACCAGAAGCAGCAUUAGCUGCUGCUGCUGCAGAGGUUGGGGCCAUAGCAGAUGGUGCGGUUGGGAGCGAUCGCCUGGACAUGCAGAGUUUUCAUUGGGAGUUGCAGGAAGGGCUAAGGCUUUAA